UGUUUAGAUUGUUCAUUACAAAAUAUAUCUCUGAAACAGUUAACAACUGGUGUUACUCUGUUUUUUGGUUUACUUGAUUUUGAAUAUUGAUAUAAACAAAAACAUCAAAAUCGCAUUUUAAUAUUACUAUUUCUGCAAAAGCAAGAAGAAAAUGUCUUCAAGCGAUUCAUUUAUCGAUAAGCAGAUGUUACACUCACCACGCGACCAAUCAGCUUACAGUAUGGAACAUCACGUGAUCAGAUGUCCAAUCAUUGGAGAAAUUAAUGUUUACAUUCAGGGCAACAGAGCGGUCAGUAACGAAGUGGUCAUCAUGACGAUGCAUGAUCUGGGAUGUGAUUACAAUAUGUACCAGGACUUCAUAGACCACCCACGCAUGGUACCCAUUAGAGAUAGGACGGUCUGGCUACACCUGGAAGUACCUGGGCAAAGUUUCAACGCAGCCGAUCUUCCAACCGAUUAUCAGUUUCCAUCUAUGCAAGUCAUUGCAGAAGACCUCAUCACCGUCUUGAAUGUUCUCAACAUUAAAGAAGUUGUGUGCUUCGGAGAAGGUGCUGGAGCUAAUAUACUGGCGCGUUUUGCUAUGGCCAACAUAGGAAGGGUCCUUGGGGUAUGCCUCCUACAUACCACGGGUACUGCGGCGGGCCUCUUCGAGUCUAUCAAAGACAAGGUCAUGAAAUGGAAAUUCGACACAGCGGGAAUGAACGCAUCGGCUGAGCAGUAUUUAGUCCUCCAUCGAUUUGGCGGGUUCAGUAAAGCAAGAGACAAUGAAGAACUGAAAACGAUCGUCGAACAGUACCAGGAAAUCUUGCGAAAUAAAAUCAACCCGAAGAAUCUCAAACAAUUCGUCUGCGCUUUUCUCAAGCGCACAAACAUAGCUGACAAUGCGAAAGCCCUGAGCAGAUGUCCAGUCCUCUUGAUAACAGGUCAGCACUCUAUUUUCAACGCGACGACUCGAGCUCUCCACCAGGCCAUCUUGAAGACGUGCGAAGACAAAACGAAAGUUGAGUUCAUCGAAGUGGCUGGUGUCGCAAACGUUCUAGAGGAAAGGCCGGACAAGUUGGCUGAAUGUUUCCAGUACUUCCUUCAAGGAUUAGGAUUAGUUUCCUCCAUUCCAAUGCACAACGUACGUAGGAUGCUACGCAACAGAACAAUGUCAAUGGAGGAUUAUGACAGACCCAAGCGUGAUAGUUUCAACAGUAGAGGAUCGUCAUUUGAUCAGGACGGCCAAUUCACUCCUCCUCCUAUUGCGGAUCAGAGAAGAGGAGUACUAAGUGAGACGAUGCGUGUGGGGUCGGUUUCCCCGCCUGGCAGUCCCGCAAUCAUUGCUGGUCACCCCAUAGGCCCACUGGUCGAAGAAAAUUAAAUUUUCAGUUCAAAAGAACGUCACAAUUAGACCAAUAUAACUGUCAAACAAUAUUAUGGUAUAUAUUGGUAUUCGUUAUAAUACUAUGUUAAUAAAUAAUUAUAGUGAAUAUUCAUAAUUGCAAAUUAUAGUGAUGAUUUCCUAUCAUAUUUUAUUAUGGUAUUAUUUAUAGACAUAAUUGUUAUUAUUUCAAAAAGACAAGUUAGUUGUAUCUAUUGUGGUAAAACAAACAAACAAAGAAAUAAUAUCGCAAAGAAAAGAAAAUUGUGUUUAUUUUGUACCAGGGUGGGCAAACAACGGCCCGCGAGGCCUUGUUUGCAUAUGUGGCCCUUCAAAGGUAAAAUAUAGCUCUCAAUGCGGCCCUCACAGCAAAAAGUUUGCCUACCCCUGUUUUAUACUGUAGUUUUUAUUGUUAUUGCCAACUUUUUUAUCAUUCUCAUUAAUAUUAUUAUUCAUUACAUUAUUAUUUUUAUUAUUUAGUUUAUGUGUUGUUGAUAUUAUAUCACUAAAGGAUAUAUACGAGAUAUUAUAUAUGAUACAUUUUUAUGCUAUUAGAGUUAUUUAAUUCGUUUAAUAUUGAUUAGUUAAAUAAUUAUUUGUUCUAAAAUUUUUAUUCUAAAAUUUCAUUUAAAAUAUUUAAAAAAUUAAUUGAAAAUUCAAUAUGUAGGGGCGAUUAUAAUUAAGCAUUCGAUAGUUGGCAGAUUAAACCAUGGUAACACCAUAAACACUAUCAAAUUUUUGCAUCUUAAUAUUAUAUCAUGAUAUCAGACAACUCAUACCAGAUACUUCUGUAGUUGACUAUUUUUAAGAUCUAAAUGGAAUGCUUACUAUAUAAUUUGUAAUUAUUUUGUAUUAUAAUAAUAAUAAUUAUUAUAAUUAUAAUAAAUAUUUUUGUCGUAGUUAAAAUUGUUAUGAUCAAUCAUUUAUUUUAUUAAAAUUAGAUGUGAAAUUAUUUAAAAUUAAUUCAUUUGCCGUCAUCUUCAACAAGUUUGUUAUAUAACAAUUUUAUGUUCACCCUCCAUUAAACAGAGGAA